UAUCGUAUGUGUUCGUGUGUUUGUUCGGAUAUAAGAAAUCGCAUACUUUUGUGUACAUUUUGUUAUUAUUAUUGUUAUACAUUCGUAUGAUUUUUAUCGUCGGCAAUUUGUAUAUUAUGUGUGUUGUGUUGAAUUGUGACUGAAUCAUCUGAAAUUAAACAUAAAACUUGACUCGCCACGAUUUUCAAAAAUUCAGCUUAGUUUCAUUCAAGGCGACAUAAAUAACUCAGUGUGCUGCCAGCGCCGCUGCCUACGUGUGUUCCGCUGAAAUUGCAAUUUUUUAACGCAGUUUUUUUUACAAACUUGUCGCAUUUUGGCAAAGUUUUAAUUUUAAUAAUUACUAAAUUAGUAAAGAAGAAGAAAACUCUGUUAGUUACUGUGAUUAAAACGUAAUUCUUGCAUUCCGUAACUUGUUGCCAUUCAGUUUUAUGAAAACAAGCAGAAAUUAGUAAAUUCUUUUUUUUUUUUUGUUUUUUAUACUUUUUAAAAUUGUGUGCUAUUUAAAGAGUAACAAAUAAAACUACAAUAAAGAUUAGUUUAAUUAAUCUGAUUACAAAUUCUAACAAGAACCAUUUCACUGGUGUUCAGUUUCAUCGAAUAAGACUAAAGGAAUUUUUGGUGCUGUUGCCUGCCUUCAUAACGACAAAAAUAAGAAGAAGAAGAAGAGAAUAAUCAACAUGGAUGAUUUAGAUGCACUUCUUGCCGAUUUACAAAACAGCGUACCCGGACAUCAUAGUCAGCCUCAAUACUCAACUGCCAGUACUAGUACGGUGCAGCAACAGCAUAAUAAUUAUGGUGACUCCUCAGGAUAUGGCAGCCUGAGAGGCAAAGUUACCAAUCAAACACCUGUAUACCAGGAACAUUAUACCGUUACCGAAACAAGAACUUCACCUAUUGGUAAUUCUAGUUAUAAUAGUGGACCUGCAAUUACGCCCGGUAGUCAAUCUUAUCAAUAUCAAAAUCAGGGUUCAUUGCCACGUCAUGGUUAUAAUAGUGUAACAAAUGCAGCUGCACAAACGCAUAAUAAUUCUAGUUUAUCUGAAUUAGACUCAUUGCUGGAAGACCUUAGCAAUGCAAGAUACAAUAACAGUUUCGAUAAAAAAGAAACUACAGUGCCUGUUACAUAUAGUACUCCCUCAUCGAAAUAUAAUACUUUUAAUAGUUAUGCGUCUGUGGAAGAACGGCCCACAGUAGAUAGUCUAUUGAAUGAAAUGGAUAAUGCGUCUAUUUAUGCUGUACCGAAUGGUUCAUUGACGAAAUCACCAACACCUGGUCGUCAUGUUACUAUUACUGUUCGUGAGACAAAAACGGAAAAACUUACAGGACCCGAUGGACCAGUUGGUUCUAUUGAAGAGAAAAUUGUUCAACAUAAAGAUAGCUUUACGCCAAAUCAUGCUCAUGCUCCACCAAUGUAUGCUUCAUCGGCUACAAAAGAACUGGAUGAUUUAAUGGCAUCGUUGUCAGAUUUUAAGGUCAAUAACGGUUCCAAUCAUCAUCAUCAGCAAACAGUUACUGAUUACGCGAAACCCAAUAAAGGAGUGUCUCAUCUUACACAGACUAUAACUGAAACUACAACUUCUACCAUAGUAGAAGAUAACGAACCGGAUCAGUUGGAUUCUAUGCUAGGAAAUUUACAAGCCAAUAUGAGUCGUCAAGGUGUCAAUACUGUACAAAAGGGCUGCUGCAAUGCCUGUGAAAAACCCAUUGUUGGACAAGUCAUAACAGCUUUGGGCAAGACCUGGCAUCCAGAGCAUUUCACUUGCAAUCACUGCAAUCAAGAAUUGGGUACACGCAAUUUCUAUGAACGUGAUGGUUUCCCAUAUUGUGAACCAGAUUAUCAUAACUUAUUCAGCCCGCGCUGUGCUUACUGUAAUGGCGCUAUUUUGGAUAAAUGCGUAACGGCUUUGGAUAAAACUUGGCAUACGGAACAUUUCUUCUGUGCUCAAUGUGGUCAACAAUUCGGUGAAGAUGGCUUCCAUGAACGUGAUGGCAAGCCAUAUUGUCGCAAUGACUACUUUGAAAUGUUCGCACCAAAGUGCAAUGGCUGCAACCGUGCAAUCAUGGAGAAUUAUAUCUCUGCUUUGAACUCACAAUGGCAUCCAGACUGUUUUGUCUGCAGGGAUUGUCGGCAGCCCUUCCAAGGUGGUUCGUUCUUUGAUCAUGAAGGCUUGCCAUACUGUGAGACACAUUAUCAUGCUAAACGUGGUUCACUAUGUGCUGGUUGCUCCAAGCCAAUUACUGGUCGUUGCAUUACUGCUAUGUUCAAGAAAUUCCAUCCUGAGCACUUUGUUUGCGCUUUUUGUCUCAAGCAACUGAACAAAGGAACUUUCAAGGAACAAAAUGAUAAACCAUAUUGUCAUGCAUGCUUCGAAAAGAUUUUCGGUUAAAUCGAAAUAAAAUUUUCUUCUAUAUAUUUUUGCCUACAUAUAUCUCGCAACAUAAAGAAAAUAACAACAAUAAUAUAAAAAUUCAAAUACACGUGACAUCAGUAUAUACUAUAAUUACAACAAAUAUAAUUUUUAUGACAUUGUUUAA